GGAGGCUGAAGUGGUUCAGUCCAUGAUAGCGGAAGUGCUGACAGCGGACUGGAGAGAGAGCAAGUAAAGUUCCAGACACUCGGUCGAGUUUGUGUUGAUUUGUGUAGACGACAGCAGAAGCGCCACAGAGAGACCCCGAGAUGCGGCGAAAGCAGAAGAGACUGCUGCAGAUCGCGCUGCUGCUGCUGCUGGUCUUUCUGUUCCUGCCGAGCGUCGGCUUGUGGUCCGCGUCUCUGGAGCGAAUGUUUGACAGCUCUGUGGACGCCGCCGCACUCUCGCGCGCACAGAAAGUGAACAAGGUGCAGAAUGAGGGCGUUCGGAGGAAGGACUGGCACGACCAUGCCCUCAUUAGGAGCGAAGCGGCACGUUCAGGUGUCGGCGAGCAGGGCCGGCCGUAUCCGCUGACCGACUCGGACCGUGUGGACCAGGCCUACAGGGAGAACGGAUUCAACAUAUUCGUCAGCAAUCGCAUCGCCCUCAACAGAUCCCUGCCUGACAUCAGACACCCGAACUGUAAGACGAAGCUGUAUGCAGAAGAUCUUCCCAACACCAGCAUCAUCAUCCCCUUCCACAACGAGGGCUGGUCGUCUCUGCUGCGCACCGUUCACAGCGUCCUCAACCGCUCGCCUGCGCAGCUCAUCGCCGAGAUCAUCCUCGUGGACGACUUCAGCGACAAAGAGCAUCUGAAGGCUCCUCUGGAGGAGUACAUGGUGCGGCUGCCGAAGGUUCGAAUCCUGCGCACGAAGAAGCGUGAGGGUCUGAUCCGGACCAGACUGCUGGGUGCCGCGGCGGCGAAGGGUCAGGUCAUCACCUUCCUGGACUCACACUGCGAGGCCAACGUCAACUGGCUCCCGCCGUUACUGGAUCGCAUCGCAGAGAACCGGAGGACGAUCGUGUGUCCGAUGAUCGAUGUGAUCGACCACGAUAACUUCGGCUACGAGACGCAGGCCGGCGAUGCGAUGCGAGGGGCUUUCGACUGGGAGAUGUACUACAAACGCAUCCCUAUCCCAGCUCAGCUGCAGAAACCAGACCCCAGCGACCCGUUUGAGUCUCCGGUGAUGGCAGGCGGUCUCUUCGCUGUGGACAGGAAGUGGUUCUGGGAGCUGGGAGGAUAUGACAUGGGUCUGGAGAUCUGGGGAGGAGAGCAGUACGAGAUCUCCUUCAAGGUGUGGAUGUGUGGAGGCCGAAUGGAGGACAUUCCCUGCUCACGCGUGGGUCACAUCUACAGGAAAUACGUUCCCUAUAAAGUGCCAGGUGGAGUGAGCCUCGCCAGGAAUCUGAAGCGUGUGGCCGAGGUGUGGAUGGAUGAGUACGCAGAGUUCAUCUACCAGCGGCGGCCGGAGUACAGGCACCUGUCUGCUGGAGACGUGUCCACACAGAAGGAGCUCAGGAGCCGGCUGAACUGCAGGAACUUCAAGUGGUUCAUGAGGGAAGUGGCAUGGGAUCUGCCCAAACACUAUCCUCCGGUGGAGCCUCCGGCCGCUGCGUGGGGAGAGCUGCGUAACAGCGCCUCGGGUCUGUGCAUGGAGAGCAAACACUUGUCCUCGGGUUCCCUGAUCCGUUUGGAGAAAUGCCUGAAGGGACGAGGCGAGCCGACCUGGAGUCAUGGUCAGGUCUUUACGUUUGGUUGGAGAGAAGACAUACGGGUGGGAGACCCGCUGCACACUAAGAAGGUCUGCUUCGACGCCGUGUCACACAACAGUCCUGUGACUCUGUAUGACUGCCACGGGAUGAAGGGGAACCAGCUGUGGGCCUACAGGAAGGAUAAGAGCCUCUAUCACCCCAUCAGUAACAGCUGCAUAGACUCUGAUGCUGCACAGAAGCGGAUCUUCAUGAACUCCUGCGAUCCCUCGUCUCCCAGCCAGCGGUGGCUCUUCCAGAACACCAACACCACAGUCUUAGACUCCUUCAACAGCCAUCACAAUGUGUAAAGCUGCCACUAUGAGCACGAGAAUCCACCGGGAGAGUGCGACAGCUUCCUGAUCAUGGAAGUGACGCUGCUCUCUGUGCCUUUACUGAACUGAUGUGCGUCUGGAAACUCUGUUCUGAUCUUCUGACUCCAAACCGCUGGAAAAGCUGAAGCUCUGUCCUUCCCUGCGCUCUCUCAUCAUCAUCACUUCUGCUGAACAUGAUCAGUAACAGUGUUUGCAGGGCAGCGUUUGACCGAUGCUCUUCGCCUUCGGUGCAUCUGAGGAACGACUCAAACACUGAUGAUGCAGUCUGUGAUUAGAUGUGCAUCUGUUCAUCAUCAUCAUCAUCAUCAUCUUCACAGAGAACUUGCAAACAUGCCACAGUUUGUCCUUCAGAAAUGCGAAUCUGAUUGAGAGGUUUAUUUAUUUGACUGUUCGGAGUCACAUGGGGUUCCUCAUGAACAACAGCAGCCUUUACUGAGCGCUGCUUUAUUAAAACUUGAUUUUAUUAUCCAGAUUCUCUGUUAACAA